CGGGUGACGUCACACGUCUCUCCGCGCUCAGUCCGUGUGCACGAGCGCGUCAUGGCGGAGGCCGGUCGGUUUAGGAUAUACAGCUGAAAUAUGCCCGCUGUCUUAUCGGUGUUUCCAACACAUGGAAUACGUGAAACUGUUUUACAUCUAAAGGCGCACUUGACCGCGGACGUAAAAACGAAGAAGUUCUCGCCUUAGAAUAAAGUAUAAGAGUUCUCGAGUAUUCAACAGAGAAAGAGUCGGUCAGCGGUGCACGGGCAGACAGGCGAUCUGCUCUGAAGUGGCACACAGACUGUACAGGAUCUGAUCAGGCACCGAUUCUUUCAUAUUUUAUCCACUGAGAUGGAUGGACGUAGUGAAGAUGAAAGUGCCAGUAACAGCAGUGGAGAGUCAAGUAACUCGGAUGAUGAGUCCAAGUCAGGAUCGGGAUCUGGCUCCAGUUCCAGCAGUAGCAGUUCCAGCAGUAGCCAAUCAGGAAGCAGCGAAUCAGGAAGUGGCUCAGAUUCUGGCAGCCAAUCAGACUCUGACUCUGAGAAGUCAAAGGAAAAGAAUAAUCAAGAAAACAAGAUUGAUGGAGCAGCGUUUUGGAAGUCCAACCCCAGUAUCCUGACAGUGCAGAGGUCGGCCAUGCUCAGGAAACAACAGCUACAACAACAACAGCUCCAUCAUCCACCACAGAGCUCCUCCAACAGCGGUUCAGAUGAGGACUCUUCUAGUAGUGAUGACUCGGAUGAUGACUCAAAGAGCAAGAGUAAAGGGUCUGGAUCAGAUUCUGAUUCGGGUUCAGACUCGGGUUCGGGAAGCUCAUCUGCCUCCUCAGCAGAGGAAGGGAACAGUGAAGAGUCUAUGUCCGACUACGAGCCCAGUCUCAAAGUCAAGAGCAGGAAACCUCCAAACAAGUCCAAUGCCAGGAAUGGCAAAAAAAGUAAAGCUUCAAAGAAGCCGCCACGCUCCUCCUCCGAUGAUGAGGAUGACUAUAAGAAAGCUCUCGCAGGCCCUCGGCGGCAGGCCACGGUCAACGUCAGCUACAAAGAGGAUGAUGAACUGAAGACCGAUUCAGAUGACCUGGUGGAGGUGUGUGGGGAGGAUGUGCCACCACCAGAGGAGGACGAAUAUGAGACGCUGGAGAGGGUGAUGGAAAUGAGGAUAGGACAGAAAGGAGUGACGGGGGCUAUAACCACAGUUUACGCUGUCGAGGCAGACGGUGACCCCAACGCCAACUUUGACCCCAGCAGACAGUCAGGAGAGGUGCAAUACUUGAUUAAAUGGAAGAACUGGUCUCACAUUCACAACACCUGGGAGACAGAGGAAACCCUCAAGCAACAAAACGUGAAGGGAAUGAAGAAACUAGACAACUUCAAGAAAAAAGAGCAAGACAGGAAAAAAUGGUUAAAAACCGCUUCACCUGAGGAUGUGGAGUACCUCAACUGUCAGCAGGAAUUGAUGGAUGACCUGCAUUCACAAUAUCAACUGGUGGAACGAAUCAUCGGACAUUCAAACCAAAAGUCGGCCGCAGGCUAUCCGGACUACCUGUGUAAAUGGCAGGGUUUGUCGUACUCCGAGUGCAGCUGGGAAGACGGAGCGCUCAUCGCGAGAAAGUUUCAGAAGUGCAUUACUGAAUACAUGAGCCGAAACCAGUGCAAAAACAUUCCCUCCAGAGACUGCAAGGUUUUAAAACAGAGACCACGGUUUGUGCCCAUGAAGAAACAGCCUUCCUAUAUCUGUGUAGAAGGUCUGGAGCUGCGGGACUAUCAGCUGGACGGUUUGAACUGGAUGGCGCAUUCCUGGUGCAAAGGGAACAGUUGUAUCCUAGCUGAUGAGAUGGGUCUUGGUAAAACCAUACAGACGAUCAGCUUCCUCAAUUAUCUGUUCAAUGAGCACCAGCUAUAUGGGCCUUUCCUCCUGGUAGUGCCUCUAUCCACACUUACAUCCUGGCAGAGAGAGAUCCAGCUCUGGGCUUCCCAAAUGAACGUUGUUGUCUACCUCGGUGACAUAAACAGCAGAAACAUGAUCCGGACACAUGAAUGGAUGCAUCCGCAGACGAAGCGCUUAAAGUUCAACAUUCUGCUCACUACUUAUGAAAUUCUGCUCAAAGAUAAGUCAUUUUUAGGUAAUGUGAGCUGGGCGUUCAUUGGUGUAGAUGAGGCUCAUCGACUGAAGAAUGAUGACUCUCUUCUCUAUAAGACCAUGAUAGACUUUAAGUCUAAUCACAGGCUGCUAAUCACAGGCACACCUCUCCAAAACUCCCUGAAAGAGCUGUGGUCCCUUCUGCAUUUCAUCAUGCCGGAGAAGUUUCACUCAUGGGAGUUGUUUGAAGAGGAACAUGGAAAGGGCAGAGACUCAGGCUACACCAGCCUUCAUAAAGAGCUGGAGCCCUUUCUGCUGCGUAGAGUGAAGAAGGAUGUAGAGAAAUCUCUGCCCGCUAAGGUGGAGCAGAUCCUCAGGGUUGAGAUGAGCGCUAUUCAAAAACAAUACUACAAGUGGAUAUUGACGAGGAACUAUAAAGCUCUGAGUAAAGGCACUAAGGGAAGCACAUCUGGCUUUCUGAACAUCAUGAUGGAGCUGAAGAAAUGCUGUAACCACUGCUACCUCAUCAAACCACCUGAGGAGAACGAGUUCUACAACAGACAAGAGGGACUACAGCACCUGAUUCGUAGCAGUGGGAAGCUGGUUCUUUUAGAUAAACUACUGGUCCGGUUAAAGGAACGAGGUCACCGUGUGCUCAUCUUCUCCCAAAUGGUUCGGAUGCUGGACAUCCUUGCCGAAUACCUGAAAAGCAGGCAGUUCUUGUUUCAGAGACUGGACGGUUCUAUAAAGGGUGAGAUGAGGAAACAGGCGCUGGAUCAUUUUAAUGCUGAAGGCUCAGAGGAUUUCUGCUUCCUGCUGUCUACACGAGCAGGUGGUCUGGGCAUUAAUCUGGCCUCUGCUGAUACGGUAGUGAUUUUUGACUCCGACUGGAACCCGCAGAAUGACCUACAGGCCCAGGCCAGAGCUCAUAGGAUUGGACAGAAGAAACAGGUAAAUAUAUACCGUCUAGUGACAAAGGGCUCAGUUGAGGAGGAGAUUAUUGAAAGGGCCAAGAAGAAAAUGGUAUUAGACCAUCUAGUUAUUCAGAGAAUGGACACUACAGGGAAGACGGUUCUCCACACGGGCGCUGCUCCUUCCAGUUCCACUCCGUUCAACAAGGAGGAGCUGUCUGCUAUCCUGAAGUUUGGUGCGGAGGAGCUCUUUAAAGAACCGGAGGGAGAAGAGCAAGAACCUCAGGAGAUGGAUAUUGAUGAAAUCCUGAAAAGAGCAGAGACCAGAGAGAACGACCCUGGACCAUCAACUGUAGGAGAAGAGCUCCUCUCACAGUUUAAGGUGGCAAACUUUUCCAUGAUGGACGAAGAGGAAAUUGACAUGGACACGGAUAGAAACAAUAGGAAUUGGGAUGAUAUUAUCCCUGAGGAGCAAAGGAGGAGACUGGAGGAGGAGGAGCGACAGAAGGAGCUGGCAGAGAUCUAUUUACUGCCCCGCAUGAGGAAAUGUGCUAAACAGAUCAGCUUUAAUGGAAAUGAGAGCAGGCGGAGUCGGAACAGGCUCAGAUACUCUGCUUCAGACAGCGACUCGGGUACUGACAGGAAGCGGCCCAAGAAACGAGGAAGACCUCGAACCAUUCCAAGAGAAAACAUUAAGGGCUUCACUGAUGCUGAGAUACGCAGGUUUAUCAAAAGUUAUAAGAAAUUCGGUGGCCCUUUAGAAAGACUCGAUGCUAUCGCCCGCGAUGCCGAGCUGGUGGAUAAAUCAGAGCAUGAUCUGCGGCGGCUGGCUGAGACGGUCCACAACGGCUGUCUGAAAACCCUGAAGGAGAAUCCCUGUGGACCGGAGAGAACCUCAGGAGGCAGGCGAGGAAAGGUGAAAGGACCAACUUUUAGAAUCUCAGGGGUUCAGGUCAAUGCCAAACUUGUGAUCUCUCAUGAAGAGGAGUUGGCACCUUUACACAAGGCCAUUCCUGCAGACGCAGAGGAGAGGAAGAGGUAUAUGAUCCCAUGCCACUCAAAGGCAGCUCAUUUUGACAUUGAGUGGGGUAAAGAGGAUGACUCCAGUCUGCUCAUUGGCAUCUAUGAAUAUGGUUAUGGUAGCUGGGAAAUGAUCAAGAUGGAUCCAGAUCUCAACCUCACACAUAAGCUCCUUCCAGACGAUCCUGACAAGAAGCCACAGGCCAAACAGCUGCAGACACGAGCUGACUACCUCAUCAAGUUAUUGAGCAAAGACCUGGCCAAGAAGGAAGCACAGAAACAGGCUGGCAGUGCAAAUUCACGUAAAAGGAAACCACGGGGAAAGAAAAAUAAAGCAGUGAAACCAAAGGUUGAUGAACUGAUGAACAGUUUGUCCUCAGCUCCUCCUUCAGAUAAGAGCUCUGAGGAUGAGGAAGAAAAAGAGGAUGAGGAAAAGGAAACUGCUCUAGUGAAGCUGCCUAGCAGAAGAGCGCGUGUCACAGAGCGAGCGGUCGAGGAGGAAGAGGAGGAGGAGGAAGACGAGUCUGAGGAGGAGGAGGAGCCUGAGAUUAAGGAGGAGGAGGAGGAAGAAGAGAUAAAGGAGAAGGUGGUGAAAAAAGAGAUCAAAAAAGAGAAAAAAGAGGAGGGCCGUGACAGCAAAGAAAAAGAACUAAAAGAGAAGGAAAUCAAGCAAGAUCCUGUACUUGAAGAAGAAGAAGAGGAGACUACUAUAGAGGCCGUAGAGGUGAAAGCAGAAGUUCGGGAAAAGAAGGCAGAUACUCCUGUGAUUGCAUCUACAGUAGGAGAGAGUAUUUUAUCAUCUGAAGAGUCUGAAGAACUCGACCAGAAGACCUUCAGCGUGUGUAAGGAACGCAUGAGACCGGUAAAGGCAGCACUAAAACAGUUGGAUCGUCCAGAGAAAGGCCUGUCUGAGCGAGAGCAGCUGGAGCAUACACGCCAAUGCCUGAUCAAAAUAGGAGAUCACAUUACUGAGUGUCUCAGAGAAUACACAAACCCUGAGCACAUCAAACAGUGGAGGAAAAAUCUUUGGAUAUUUGUUUCUAAAUUUACUGAAUUUGAUGCAAGAAAACUGCAUAAACUCUAUAAACACGCAAUCAAGAAGAGACAAGAAAAUGUUCAGGCAGUGGAACAGAACACUAGCACUGUAAAUGCACAAAGCGCUAAAAAUACAGAUAUCGAGCGGAUAAAAGAGUCGCAGCACGACGACAGCAGCAGAGACAGCAGCAGCUCUGACAGACAUCACACAUCUCGCUACCACGAACACGGCAAAGAACGUAACCCUUCAGAGGCAUACAGAAAAAAUACAGACUCCCGAAAGAGGCCGUACCCCUCCUUCAGCAAUGGCAAAGACCACCGAGAGAGAGAAAGAGACCACUACAGAGAAAGAGGAGAGCGACAGGACAGCAGAUAUUACAGUGACAGCAAGCACCGGAAGCUAGACGACCAUCGCUCCAGCAGAGAUCACCGAUCAGACAGCACUUCAAAGGACUCGAGGACGCACUCCGAACACCGCUCCCAUUCCGAGCACCGAUCCGGCCCCGACUACGCUCACCAAAAAUCUUCCCGGGACUAUCGCUACCAUUCGGACUGGCAGAUGGAGCACAGGGUUUCGGGUAGCGGCCAGCGCUCGCCCCGUGAACAGCGCUCGCCGUAUGACUCUCGCUCGCCCUUCGAGUACUCGUCUGACCACAAGAGCACACCCGAACAGGUCUGGAGCAGCCGAAAGACAUAACGCUCUCCUCCAAUCAGCCAUAGACACAAACACACACAGGAAUGCCUUAGGGGACUGUCGGCCGCUGCACGGUGCACUGCGCCUCAGGGAGUGCAGCUCUCUCCUCACCUGGGAGGAAACAUAAAUUCGCUUAUUUUUGUAUUUAAGAAUCGGCUGCGUCCUUUGUAGCUGCUGCAGAGUAAUUUUUUUAAAUUGUUAUUUUUAUAAAUUGACUUUUCUGUUUCCUUUUUUUUUUUUUUUUUUAAACAACUUGAGAAUAGACUGAUCCACGUUUCGCUAUCACAUGCGAGGAGUGGAUCCAGGCAUUGACUUCAUACCACCACACACAAACACGCCACAAGCGGCUCACGAAAGGAUGCUAAAUACGCUAGUCUUUAUCAUGCUAGAGGAUGUUCUGAAGGACUGGGGUUUACCUUCCAAAGUACCUCGUUUACAGUGUUUAGUGACCACCUUGCCAAUUUUUAUCAGUCUUUUGUUUUUCCAUCAUGUUUGAAUUAUUAUUUAAAUCUGUUUUGGCUGUAAAAUAAUCUGGGCUUAUUAGUGUAUGUCAGAUAAUGUCACUUUCUCACAUUGUACUACUGUAAAUUAUUGUAAAGUAAAUCAAAUGGGCUUUUUUCUCAGGCUGGUGUAGUGACCCAACCCUCAACUUUUUCCCCAUUAACUCAGGCUCUUUUCUUGGUUGUGAUGAUUUUAGACGUAUGAAAAUCGAAAUAGUUCUGAUGAAAUAUUCCAUGUGUGUAUUCUGUAGAGACAUUUUUCUUUGUAUACUCGCUUUGUCGUUGGUUUACUCUUUAUUUGUAAAUUAAGCCUCAGUGAAAUCAUGCACCCUGUUUAAAAAAAAAGCGAUAUAAAAAAGGACAUGAAAGGGUCAGUCGUAGCGGUAGGUCGCGGCGCUUGUGAGGUCUCACUGGAACUUUUUCAUCGUCAUCAUCUUUCCUCCUGUUUUUCUAGAAAUGUUGGCAAUAAUGUAAUAUUUUCUAUGCAGCCCAAAUUUAUUUCUGGUGACCGGCCCGAGUCAGAAUGCUGUUACAGGAAACACUGAUGUAUAUAUAACUCUAUAUUUCAAAUCCAAAUUUACACUGAAAUGCAUGGAUUUUUAAAGUAAUUGUUUUAUAUAAUUGUUUAUAAAGUCAUUAAACUCCAAUCACUGUUUUCACCUGCAA